GUAUCAACCAGAAAGCUUCCUAAUCCACACCGCUUGUUAAGUCGGAGAUCGACAGUGAAACUAAACCAGAAUUUAAACUGCGUUAAACAUGGCGGUCCAAGUUCCGAGGAGACAGUUAUUCGUCGAUGGCCAGUGGAGAGAGCCUGUUCUCAAGAAGCGUAUCCCGAUCAUCAACCCCGCCACUGAACAGAUCAUCGGUGAUAUUCCGGCAGCUACAUCUGAAGACGUGGAGAUCGCGGUUGCCUCUGCUCGGAGAGCCCUUUCUAGAAACAAAGGCAAGGAUUGGGCUUCAGCUUCUGGCGCUGUCCGUGCCAAGUAUUUACGCGCCAUCGCUGCUAAGAUUACAGAGAGAAAAACUGAAUUUGCUAAGCUCGAAGCAAUUGAUUGUGGGAAACCACUUGAUGAAGCAGUUUGGGACAUGGAGGAUGUUGCUGGAUGUUUUGAGUACUAUGCAGACCUUGCUGAAGGGUUAGAUUUAAAGCAAAAGGCUCCCGUCUCUCUUCCUUUGGAGACAUUUAAGAGUCAUGUGCUUAAGGAACCAAUUGGGGUUGUUGGAUUGAUUACUCCUUGGAAUUACCCACUAUUGAUGGCUGUAUGGAAAGUAGCUCCUGCCUUGGCUGCAGGUUGUGCUGCAAUACUGAAGCCUUCAGAGUUGGCAUCUGUCACCUGUUUGGAGCUGGCUGAAGUGUGUAUGGAGAUUGGUCUUCCUCCCGGUAUCCUGAACAUUCUGACUGGACUGGGCCAUGAAGCUGGCGCUCCUUUGGCAUCUCAUCCCAACGUUGACAAGAUUGCCUUCACUGGAAGCAAUGCAACAGGGAGCAAGAUAAUGACCGCAGCUGCUCAAAUAGUGAAGCCUGUUUCUUUAGAGCUUGGUGGGAAAAGCCCAAUCAUUGUGUUUGAGGAUGUUGACCUCGACAAAGCUGCUGAAUGGACUGCAUUUGGUUGCUUCUGGACAAAUGGACAGAUCUGCAGUGCAACAUCCCGUCUUAUUUUACAUGAAAACAUUGCAAAAGAGUUUCUGGACAGGCUUGUGAAAUGGGUUAAAAACAUUAAGAUUUCUGAUCCCUUCGAAGAAGGAUGCAGGCUUGGCCCCGUUGUUAGUGCAGGACAGUAUGAGAAAAUAUUGAAAUUCAUCUCGAUCGCUAAGAGUGAAGGUGCUACCAUCUUGAGUGGUGGAGUCCGUCCCAAGCAUUUAAAGAAGGGAUUUUUUCUUGAACCAACUAUAAUAACUGACGUGACAACUUCCAUGCAAAUCUGGAGAGAAGAAGUUUUUGGACCUGUUCUUUGUGUCAAGACAUUUAGUACCGAAGAGGAAGCCCUUGAACUGGCAAAUGACACCCCUUAUGGUUUGGCUUCUGCCGUGAUAUCAAAUGACCUGGAAAGAUGUGAUCGUAUAAGCAAGAAUAUCCAAGCUGGCAUUGUGUGGAUAAAUUGCUCACAGCCAUGCUUCUGUCAAGCCCCAUGGGGAGGCAACAAACGCAGUGGCUUCGGGCGUGACCUCGGUGAAUGGGGCCUUGACAAUUUCUUGCGUGUGAAGCAAGUUACACAGUAUGUCUCCAACGAACCAUGGGGAUGGUAUAGGCCUCCAUCGAAGCUGUGAGAAUUUCGUUGGUCGGUUUGAAUUUACGACAUGAGAAUCCGGCACCAAAUGGAUUAUGAGAAUUCAUUUUACAUAUUAAAUGUUUUAAACGGUAUAUAGAACUGGUAUCUAAUGUUAUGUAUACUAAAACUGAGGUAUGCGUUUGCACGGCACAUAUAGUUGACAUGGACGUUGGUUCGGAUGA